GGAGCGGAAAAGGCCUUGGUCAAAUAUUCUAGGUCUUUCCAUUCUCCCACUGGCAAACAGGCAAAUUGGACACUCGACAUUGCAGUUGAUCUUUCUGCUUUUCUUCGUCAACCCCGUCUCUAUCUAAAACAACAAAGCACGAAAAUUCAUUCUUCCUUGCAGAAUUUAAUCACAAAAUGAACUGGCAGAACGAAUCGGGAGGAGAGAGCAGGAGAUUGGUGGUGAUAGGAGGGGGUAUUGCAGGUUCCUUGCUUGCCAAAUCCCUUCAAUUCGAUGCUGAUGUCACCCUCAUUGAUCCGAAGGAAUACUUUGAGAUCACAUGGGCGAGUUUGAGAGCAAUGGUGGAACCAAUAUUUGGGGAGAGAUCAGUGAUAAAUCAUAGAGAUUACUUCACAAAUGGCCGUAUUUUUACAUCUAAUGCAAUUGACAUAACUGACACAAAUGUAUUGACUGCUGAGGGUUUUAUAAUUCCCUAUGACUAUCUUGUCAUUGCUACUGGCCAUGCAGAUUCUGUCCCAGAAACUAGGACAGCGAGACUUGCUCAAUACCAAGCAGAAAAUGAAAAGAUUAAGUCUGCUCAUUCCAUUUUGAUUGUUGGAGGAGGUCCCACUGGUGUUGAACUUGCAGGAGAAAUUGCUGCUGAUUUCCCAGAAAAGAAGGUUACUCUAGUGCAUAACGGAUCGAGGUUGAUGGAAUUUAUUGGACCAAAAGCUGCUGAUAAGACUCUAAAAUGGUUGAGAUCAAAGAAUGUUGAUGUGAAAUUGGAGCGAAGGGUUGAUUUAAAUUCUAUUCCAGAAUUGGAUGAAAAUGGUAGCAAAACAUAUCAUUCUUCAGCUGGAGAAACUAUCAAAGCAGAUUGCCAUUUCCUAUGUACAGGGAAGCCACUUGCCUCAGCAUGGCUUAAGGAUACUGUCUUGAAGAACCACUUGGAUGUUCGUGGAAGCUUGGUGGUUGAUGAGUACUUACGAGUCAAGGGUCGAAAAAAUAUUUUUGCAAUUGGAGAUAUUACUAAUAUUCCAGAAAUCAAACAAGGGUAUUUGGCACAGAAACAUGCUGUAGUGGCUGCUAAGAACUUGAGGUUAUUGAUGGCUGGAGGAAAAGAAAGCAAAAUGGCCGCGUACAAGCCAGGUGGUAAAGUAACAGCAAUUGUUUCACUGGGGAGAAGAGAUGCUCUUGCUCAAUUUCCGUUCACUACCAUCAUUGGCCUUGUUCCUGGCAUGAUAAAAUCUAGAGACUUGUUUGUGGGGAAAACAAGGAAGCAAAGGGGCUUAGAAGGCUGGAACCUAAAGUUGCAUGAAUUGGAUGACUGAACUGAUCAAGAAUGUAGAAAUUGGGCAUAGCUAGCCAGCCACUUGAAUUUGAAUUUUCUAUUAAAUUCAUUUCUUCGUAGAAUGCUAUUUAUAAUAAUAAAAAUUUAGAAAAAAUUACUAACAAA